AUAAAAAAUAUGAAAACCUAAAACAAUGUAUUUGGAAAAAAAAUGUAUUUUCAAAACAAUGUCUAAAUUCCCACCCAAGCCAAAACCCUGCAUAAACCCUAGUUGAAACAGCCCCCAAUUGUUCUCUGAAUCAAUUAACCAUGAAUUUACUUUUCAGAGCAAAAUUAUCCGGCCGAAUCCGCCUCUCCCUUUCACCACUUUCUUCCCUUCAACAAUCGUAUUCCUAUGCCACCUCAAAAACCCCUAAACCAACCAGCCCUAAAUCCCAGAAAUCUUCCACACCAUCAUCGAGUUUUUCUGAGAGAAUCAAGAAACCGACGGGUGACGUGAUCGUUUGGCCCAAGCCGAGCGAGAUUCCGUAUCAAGCGAAAGUUGCUAAUUUUGUAAAAUUGAUCGGAUAUGUAAACGUUCCUGUUCAAUUCGACACUUUGCCUGGCGGGAAGCAUUAUGCUACAACCGCUAUUUCUCAAGAAAUUAGCGAUGGAAGGGACCCUGUGCUGAUCGCCGCCGUGUUUGAGGGCGACUUGGCCCACGUUGUGGCUAGUCACGUGAAGGUGAACGACUGCGUCCUUGUGUCGGGGCAGUUGAGCUCAGAGCCGUUGCUGCGGUUCGCAAAGGGCGAUGGUUUCGGAAGGCUUCAUAUUUUGGGUGAAAAUCUCAAUUUCGUCGAAGGGUUUACUAGGAGGGUUUCUAGUAAGAAAUCAGAGGGCUCAGUUUUUGCUGUGGGAAUUGAGAAGAAUGUGGUAGAAGGAGUGGAUGAUGGGAAGUUUGAACAGCAAUGGGAAAAGGCGUUGGAUGAUGCCAAAGUUAAGAAAUUUUCGGGUGAGACAAAUUGGGGGUCGGGUACUGUGAGUGUGGAGUCGAAUGUAGGCACCAAGGGAGCAAUGCCAGGAUCUGGUGAGGCGAAACUAGAGAAGGGGAGCGUGGAGAGUGGUGUGAAGAAGAAAGAUGGGGAUCGGGGUUUGGAUUUGUGGAGGGAUCUUGUGAAGAACUCCCUGCUUUGGUGGGAUUAUCGUGAUCAAAAGGCGAAAGGGCUGGUUAAGGAGAAAUAUCCUGAUUUUAAGCACAAGGAAACUGGUGAUGCACUAUGGUUCAACAGUGCUCCACAAUGGGUGUUGCAGGGGAUCGGGAAGUUGGAAUUUGAUGUUCCGGUUGUUAGGGCAAAGUUUGUGCAGGGAGGAGGGCAAGGGUAUGGUGAGAGGAAGGUUAGUGGUAGGGAUGAAGAACCUAAGAUCGUUCGGGGUGGAGGGCAAGGGUAUGGUGAGAGGAAGGUUAGUGGUAGGGAUGAAGAACCUAAGAUCGUUCGGGGUGGAGGGCAAGGGUAUGGUGAGAGGAAGGUUAGUGGUAGGGAUGAAGAACCUAAGAUCGUUCGGGGUGGAGGGCAAGGGUAUGGUGUGAGGAAGGGUAAAGGUAGGGAUGAAGAUUCUUGGAAAGACUUGGUGGAAAAUCCUAGCAAAUGGUGGGAUAAUAGAAAAAACAAGCGAAAUCCUAAAGGGCCCGACUUUAAGCAUAAAGAGACGGGUAAGGCGUUGUGGCUUUCCUCUUCACCAGAAUGGGCAUUGUCUAGGUUGCCACCAUCAAAUGACCAAAAUAACUGCGAUGCUACGACAGUUGGUGCAUUUUGAGCUUUCCAUGAUUGGUAGAUUAUUUUGUGCUUGAUGCUAUUCAAAUUCGUUAUUUGUUCAGCUAUUUGGAUGUUGGUGCAUUUUGAGCUUUCCUUCUUUGGUAAAUGCUUAUGUGCUUGAGUGUUUAGAAUGUGCCUUGUCUUGUUAGUUCUUGCCUUCUUGGUGGGAGUUGAUCUCAUCUGCUAUAUUUUGCUCUUAAAUGAUUAUGUAAUGACUAAUGACUAAUGAGCCAUCAUCUUUAGCAGACUGUCUUCUGUAAUUUUAUAAUCUCAAUUGAUUUCUUGUUUCUAGAUUUA